AUGGUUGACGGGGGCAGGGGCUUCAAGCACGUAAUAAUGAGGAGAUUCUGCCUGUGGUUUAUCAGCGAGGAGCAGGACACUCAGACUAAGCUAUCUGACUCGGUGAUCGGCGCCACAGCAGCGGCCGCCUACUGCACGGAGCCGACUGACUCGGACCCCCACCGAUACCAAGCGGGGUUCGGAAAUCGAUUCUCGUCGGAGACGGUUCCCGGGACGUUGCCGCUCGGCUUAAACGCCCCUCAGAAAUGCAGAUUCGACCUGUACUUGGCACAGCUCAACGGCUCCUCCUUUUUAAGCCCGAGGGCUACGCUGCAGCAUGUAUGUAUGUACCGCAUUUGGCCUUCGGUGGCUCACCGGGACGUCGUGCAUGCACCGGACCUGAAUCCCUGGCCGCAAGCCUGCUUCUCGCCGUUGAACAAGCGAGUCAAGUACGUUGCGGCACGACAAGCGUGGGAUCUGUUCCCGCUGACCGACGAAGGCGGUGACACUGAGUCGCAAAGCCUAGAUCUCGUGCAGGGCAUACGCACAAUUCUACACGUCUACACCGCCAACAAGCCCAUGACGAAUCGAGACUUUUGCAAUAACGAUGGAGACUUCAUGAUACUCCCACAACAAGGCAGAAUCGACAUACAAACCGACCUGGGCUGGCUCAUGGUCCGGCCGGGGGAGCUAGCGGUCAUCCAGGCCGGCCUGCGUUUCCGCAUCGCCUUCCCCGACGUUGCCGGACCUGUUCCCAUCGGCUCCAAAGGCAUGGCGUUACCGCAAGAUUUCCAAAGCCCCGUCGCCUCGAUCGACGUGGUUUCGUCAAAAAGGGAGAUUUUGUAUAAGAUGGCGGGCUUACCCCACGCUUCCCGGCAGGACCACACGCCCUUUGACGUCGCCGCGUGGAGGCGUAACCUCGUCCCGUGUAAAUACGCAACGGAGAAGUUUAUCAACGUCGCGAACGUGAACGGCGACCAGGCCGACCCGACGGUCUAUUGCGUACUCACGGCGCAAUCCAAGAUGCCCGGCGUCUCGCUGACGGAGUUUUUGGUCUUCACGCCCAAGUGGAUCCCGACGUGGGACACGUUUAGGCUGCCGUACUAUCACCGCAAUAUGUCAACGGAGAUGAUGGGCCGUUUAUAUGGCAAGUACAGCGGGAGCAGUCAGGUUUUGGAGCCGGGGGGGUUGAGCUACGAGGCGAGCUACAUGCUUCACGGGGGGACGUAUGAGACUUGGUUGGAUGCUACGACGAGAGAGCUGAAGCCCGGUAGGAUACGCGAGGAUACUGCUGGCUUUCAUGUUCCUUAUACCGCGUCGCCCAUUGGCUUUCUUCAUCGAUCACUGUUGCAGCGCCACAUGUGGCGCCGCCUGCCACCGUGCGAGGCAUGCCGCUAUGCCGGCGCUGAAGCUGCGAGAUCUUACGCGGUCCCCCGACGUGGGGAGGGGGCCGUCGACCGCCAGUUCCGCCGACGCACUCGAGCACCGCCGUCGUACAUACCCGACAAUACGGACGCUCAUGGCAGCCCUGAUGGACUCUCCACAGUGUGCGGCUCUUCCCUCAUGCAGGAGAGUGUUGAGAUGGGUAUAAGUGCAGAGCAAGACGCGGAAAAGGCGGCGGGAGGUUCGAGACCGCGGACGCGAGAGCCCUCUCCCGGAAAAACUGCCAUGUCACCACAUCAUACUCCCGCACGUCAGCUCCAACCUACACCAGACAUCAAGCCUUCGACAUCAUUGCCUCUAAAUGAAGAAAUAGCCGAAGGCUGCAGAACCUUCGUGACAUCCUACUUCCAGCUGGGGUUUAUUCCAAAGGCCAUGUUUCAAGAGAACCUAGCGCGUGACCCACUCGCAACGAGGCGAUUUCUCCAGCGCUGUAUGGAGGAUUCUCUCGAUAUCCUCCCGCUUAACGCCUGUAUUGAUCCGUCGAUACGGUACCGCCAUCAAAGCCACAAAUCACUGCCUAGAGCCUUCUUCCUGCUCGCCAUCGCGGAGUGGAGCAAUGGGGACAAGGAGAGGAGCUCAAUGGACAUGGGCGUUGCGGUGCGCGUGGCAACGCUGCUGAGGCUGUACCUUGAGGAGACGUAUGCCCUGCCGCCAACUAUCCAGGUCGACCAGUGCGAAUACAAUAGCCUCAUAUACGAGCAAGUUGAGGCGUUCUUCAGCAUACGAACUCGCGACAAGGGCUUCCCCGCCAUCCUUGUCUUCUGUGUCUACAUUCAUGGCUCGAUAUCCUCGUACCUCUGGCGGCAUCCCUAUCUGUUUCCGCACGUCUCCCCUUCAGAGGCCGAGGAAAUGGCGUUGGCCUCUUUGAGGAUCCUGAGCAAGCUGCAUCAGGCGUGGUCGACGAGCACGAGAUGGCAGCAAGGGUUGCAGCUGUUUGCGAGCCCCCUGUCUGUGUUUGCGUCUCCCUUCGCGACGAAUAAUCCUGGGGAGGCGCCCGUGUUGACUUUACGUGACCAAGGGCCCAUCCUGGCGGCCGAGAAUCCAACAAGAAAUGUUUUAUCUACCGAAGGACUUGGAAAAGGCGAUGGGAAUCUGGCUGAGUGGCGAUCCGGGAAGUAUUACAUGCCUCAGAUAGAGUCGUUCUUCGAUGGCCUUUCCGAUGCCGAAGUUGCCACAUUCUUAAAUGGUGACUCUAACUACAGUCUACUAAGUAGUCCCAGGAUGGCCCACAACGUGUGA